AUCCAUUGUUGUGAGAGAGUCACUGUAGAGAGGGCUCUACAUGUGGUGAUGUUCCGGAUAUGGAACCAUUUAACUUUAACCAUGUUCCUCCAACAAUGAGGGAAACAACUCUUAUUGCUGGGAUUUAAAAAUCUUGGAAUGGGUUUUUGGAGGCAGCGAACAGAAUGUUCUUGCUUCGCUAUUAGCCAUGUUUUUCUGGGUGCUUUGAGAAUGCAACUAGGUUAAAGGCCUAAUUUUUAUGUAGUGUUUUUUAGGUAGCACAAACUUCUGAAAGCUGAGUACUAGCUGAGAAUCCAUCUAGAAUAUUGACAUUAAAACCAACUUAGGUUUUCCAGUGUUGAAUAAAAAUAUUUACUUCUUGGGAAAGUUUUUAUUAGACUUGGAGAUUCAAAGGUGCACUGGAAAGAGAAUGAAAUAAGCAUGGAGUCUUCUAAACUGGAAUAUAUUUCCUGGGUCACAGUUAAAAGUAAAAAGAAGAUGGAAGGAAAUGAGAGAACAGGAGUAUAAAGCCUGUCAAGAACUUUCCAUUUUUGUGAUUAUAUGUAUAAACUCUCGAUAUAAUACAACUAAUGGUUUAUAGUAACACUUUACUGAUAUCCCAGGAAGAAGUCAGUUACUGUGCAACUUGCUUAACAAGAAGUUUUAUUCUAACUACUUUGAACAUGUUUUAACUUUAACUGGACACCUUUUAUUUAUUUUUUUUUUAAGUCUGAGAGUUAAAAACUUUGUUUAGCUGUAUUUUUACUGAGACACCAAUUCCUGACCGAUGGCUGACAGCUGCUCAUGGAAAAUGGACUUAAUCCUAUGAAUGGUUACUAUUGCACAGAGUUGAAUGGAAUGCCAUGACUUUAGAAAUAUUCUCGUAGAACCACCUUCUUUGCCUUGUACCCAUCAUAUCCUUAAAUAUUUAAGCGUAAACAUUGCAAUUAUAAACUCUAAAAAAUAAUGGCAUGGGUGAAAUUCCUAAGAAAACCUGGGGGAAACCUUGGAAAAGUUUAUCAGCCUGGAAGUAUACUGUCCCUGGCCCCUACAAAAGGCUUAUUAAAUGAACCUGGACAAAACAGCUGCUUUCUUAAUAGUGCUGUUCAGGUAUUAUGGCAACUUGACAUAUUUCGACGAAGUUUAAGAGGUUUAACUGGACACGUGUGUCAAGGAGACGCCUGCAUAUUUUGUGCUUUAAAGGCAAUUUUUUCCCAAUUCCAGCACAGCCGAGAGAAAGCCCUCCCGUCGGAUAACAUGAGACACGCCCUCGCAGAAAGUUUCAAGGAUGAACAGCGUUUCCAGCUUGGAUUCAUGGAUGAUGCAGCAGAAUGCUUUGAAAAUAUCCUCGAGAGGAUUCACUUUCACUUAGUGCCAAACAGUGAAACGGAUAUGUGCACUUCCAAAUCCUGCAUUUCUCAUCAGAAGUUUGCUAUGACGCUGUAUGAGCAGUGUGUGUGUCGCAGUUGUGGAGCAUCGUCGGAUCCGUUGCCUUUCACGGAAUUCGUGCGUUAUAUUUCCACCACAGCCCUCUGUAAUGAAGUAGAAAAAAUGAUGGAGAGGCACGAACGUCUCAAGCCAGAAAUGUUUGCAGAAUUGCUGCAGGCAGCAAAUACUGCUGAUGACUACAGAAAGUGUCCUAGUAACUGUGGUCAGAAAAUAAAAAUUCGUCGUGUUCUUAUGAAUUGUCCUGAGAUUGUGACAAUCGGCUUAGUCUGGGAUUCGGAACACUCUGAUCUGACAGAAGAGGUUAUGAGGAAUUUGGCUACACAGCUUUAUCUUCCUGGGCUGUUUUAUAGGGUUACAGAUGAAAAUGCCAAAAAUAGUGAGCUUUUUCUUGUGGGAAUGAUUUGCUACACAAGCCGACAUUACUGUGCCUUUGCCUUUCACACCAAGAGCUGCAAAUGGGUGCUGUUCGAUGAUGCUAAUGUAAAAGAGAUUGGAACAAAAUGGAAAGACGUGGUCUCCAGGUGCAUUCGGUGUCACUUCCAGCCAUUGCUGCUAUUUUAUGCUAACCCAGAUGGCACAGCUGUAUCUCCAGAGGACGCACCAAAGCAGAUUAUUCACUGGUCUCAGUGUAAAACAGCAGGAGGAAAUGGGGAGGACUUAGGAUUUGAAAAGCAUUCUGCUGCUAAAUCAGAGCAUGUGAAAGAGAACGGAAUUGGAGACCCCACUAAUCAAAGGAGUAAUAAAAAGCUUCAGCCAGAUAAUUCAGCAUUCAGUAGAAGCCACAUUCAAGCAAGUGGUGGUAGAGGUCCAGCUAAGUUGGGUUACAGCGAUCAAAAGGACAGGCUGAAGGACUUAUCCAGAGAGUGUGCUCAGAAAGCUGCUGACAUGAAAAACUUCACAUCCUUACGAAAAGAUGCAGACAGAGGACCAAGGAAAGAGUCUGGGAGACAAAGAGAUGUGAUUGCAGAAGACCGUUCCAGCGUGAAGUCGGGGUCUCCUCCCGUUGGAAAUGGCCUCAGGCACUGCGUGGAUCAGCGGAUAUACAGCAGCCAGGGAAGAGGCCCCUACAGGCACGACAACGCACCUCACCCAGCAAAGCUUUCUGCACACGUGCUCGGAUCAAAUAAAACAGAACCUUUUGCUGCUGGGGAGAAACCAGUGACAAGGACACGGCCUGAUGGUGUCACUGGCUAUGAUACAGACACCAGUCAGGACUCCAGGGACAAAGGAAGUGUCAGCAGCAGGAGCAGAAGUAAAGGUUGGAAACCAAUGCGUGAGACGCUGAACGUAGACAGCAUUUUCAGUGAGACCGAGAAAAAACAGCACAGCCCAAAGCACAAGGCAAACCUGAGCAGUAAAUCUAAGCACGAAAAGGAGCGCAGCUUUAACCACUGGCCAAAAGAGAACCAAGUGCAGAAGGGUUUAAUGACUAUAUAUGAGGAUGAAACGAAACAGGAUACGGGAAGUCGAAGUUCACUGGAUUCGGAGGGAAAAGGGAACGCAGAAAAAAGCAAAGGAUUUACAGAGAGAAAAGUCCAUGGUGAUAACUGGCAAAUUCAGAGGACAGAAUCUGGAUAUGAAAGCAGUGAUCAUAUCAGCAACGGAUCUGCAAAUCCAGACUCACCUGUUAUUGAAGGAAUCAAUGCAGCAGAUGUCAAGAAUGUGAAAGAAAGUGCUUCCUGCAGCGAACAGAACUUGUCAACCAAAAAAGCUGAGCAUGUGUUACAUCCGGUGCCCCAGCAGAACAGAAACUUCCAUGAUUUGAGGAAAGACCAGUUCAAUUCUGAAGUUAACUACAGACCUCAUGUUGGUUUCCCAACAGAAUUACAUUUGCAGGUGCCCAGUCCUCCAGUAAAGAGAGCUGAAAUGCCUGAGACCAACAAGAAAUUUUUCCCCUCAUCAGCUCUACAGCCAGUUGUCAAAGACAUUGUGAAACCGGAAAGCAGGAACAAGGCAAACGGACAGAAUCCUUCAGAGUGGCUUCACCCGGACAGGUUUGAGAAGGUGAACGUGGCAGUGUUCUGUCCUGAUGGCAUAUCCCACCCCUCCCCCGAGAAUGCCUGUGGCAGGAAGCUGCUCCACAGUGACUUUGUGCCCCCCGCCCAGCCGCAGUCUCAUCACACAAGAACGCUCGGUCCCAAGGUGGGCUUGGCGCCCUGUGUGCCACAGUCCCUGCCGGAGAGGGCCGUGGUGCUUCCCACCCCUCCCGCUGAGCACGCCGGGCACCCGCUGCGGAGGGGGGAUACCCUUUGGGUGCCUGAAGCAGUGUACCAGAACGUCCCUCCCCCUCUGCCACCCAAAAAAUACGCUCUGAAUACUUUGCCGGGAUCAGAGGGUAACUUGGCAGCGGAUGUAAAACCCACGGAAGCGUUGCAAAGUAAUCCACUGAGGCCAACAGGUGCACCUCCAAAACCUGCACCAGAACCAAGUGUACUCCCACCAGAACAAAGGCUGAAAGAGCCCUUUCCAGGGAACGAACUGUUUGUCCACAAACCGGAUUCUCCACCUCGCUUGUCAGUCAAUGACUUCUGGACCGUGUCUGAGAACUUGUUAAAGAAAGGAUCCCGUCACACGGGGCCGAGUCCUGGCUACAUGGAUGGGAACGACAGCGUGUCCCUAACAACCUACUUCUCAGUGGACAGCUGCAUGACUGACACCUACAGGAUGAAGUACCACCAGAGGCCCAAGCUGUAUUUUACAGAAAGCGGGAGCUUUCCCAAGGAGAAGCAUCCUCCAGCAGCUGGGGUAGAACUGAACGCUACAUACCACGCCACCCUGGAACCCAGGCAUCCCGCGCCCGAGCCGAGGUACAAGGCCAAUGCAGAAGGCAUCCACUGCAGCCGAUAGAUCCAUAAAAAACCCCACACCCGGAUCUGACUUUUGCAUUUCAUGUAGUCUGUGACCGGGCACAAACCUUGAAUGUGUGUGUGAUAACCAGGUACCCAGCUGACCGUACUUUGCGUGGGAGUUAUGACUGUUCAAAUGAAUAUGCAAAUUGGAGGCGAACGGAGGAGAAGAGGUGCUAAACUUGUGGUUCUUUGAUUUGUUACUCUAGUUGCCUUAAUGCUUACCUCUGUUACUCAGCUUGUCUUCUACAGUUUGUACUAAACAUGGUCCCUUGGGGUGUGCACAUCUUACAGCAGUGGGAUUGACUGGAUGUUACUAAAUCUGUAAGAAGAUUUAAUUAGUUGCAGUUUAAGAAGUGCUCCUUCAGACUGUGGUCACUACCUACUUAGACUAACAAAAGGGAUAAAUGUACUACCACAUAAAAUGCAGCAAAUGUAGUAAUAAUAGAGUAUUAUUUGUCCUGAGAGGUGGCAGGAGAUGACAUGGUUUUUUCAACUGACUUCUCUGAGAGUCUGUGCUUUCACAAACCUUCAAGUGUCUUUAAUACAAGUUUACCCAGAGGAUUUAUUUUUUAUUUGAAAAGCCUUAAUAAUAAUAAUCCUUUAAAAACCGUCCUGGUUUGCAAAUGCUAGAUGAGACUUUCAAAGGGAAUUGAAGUAAACUGCAGUAAUACUGUCCUAUUAAUACACCUGCUCUAUGUUAGUGUACGUUUUUAAACACAUUUAUCAGAUUUUGUUCACCCUAUAAGCUAUAUACUUUAACUUAUUAAAUUUAACUACAUCAGUUACAAACUGGUAUAAGAGAAUAGGAUGCUAAUUUUAAAUACAGAGUUAUCAUGCCACUAUGAAAGACUAGUUUUCUAAGGUUUUUUGAUAGAGUUACUGUUUCUGUUCAGUUCUGAUUUAUCCUCCAAGUGCAUGGAAAGUUAUUGCUGCUAUUUAUUAAGCUUCCCUUGUUUUCCAACUUGACAAUUUUGAGCAUUGGUUCAUGGGGAUCACAUAUUUGAUUUUUUUUUUAAUUCAUUCUUUUUUUACUGAUGUGUUUCCCCCUUUGGAACAGCCCUACACAUGGGUAUGGUCUGCAUUAGCAGAUCAGGCUGAACGCGCAGCCCUUCAGACUGUGGUGGCUGAGGGGCAGGGAAAGAAGAAGUUCCUCCUUCUCUGCUCUGUCACUGCCUACAGUUUUGGCA